AUGACUUCUUCCAUCACUCGAAGAUCCACAGAGAUCCACUUCUUCCCCUGGUCUGACGAUGAGCGUGAGAGGCAGGUCCGCUACGACGAAGGCAAGAUGUUGGCGAGAAGCCAUGGUCUUCUUUUCAUGGAAACCUCUGCUGUGACCGGCCAGUCCGUCGACGAUGCCUUUUUGUCUACGGCAAAGCACGUGCUGGUCAAGCAGCAGAAGCGGCAUCAGGGAGAGAUGCAGAAUCCCAUGGUCACACACGGCCAGGAGGGCUACUACUCCAACAACAUGGAUUAUGCAAGCCUCCGAAGUCAUCAACCAGGCUACAUGCAGACGCUGAAGCUGACGCCCGGUGGGCCAGUUCACUCCGGAGGAGCUCCGCCUCCGGCUGACUCGUGUUGCGGAUGA